AACCGUGUCAGGGAAAAUGGCGGCGCAGACAGAGAGGGGCAUACCUCUGAGUGCGCUCAACCCAAAGUUCCUGCACACAAACUCAACAAGCCACACCUGGCCCUUCAGUGCCAUUGCAGAGCUAGUUGACAAUGCCUAUGAUCCUGACGUCAGCGCCAAACAGUUCUGGAUUGAUAAGACACGGAUAUUAAAUGUGGACUGCCUGACGUUCAUGGACAAUGGAUCCGGGCUUUCGUACGAGAAAAUGUUUAAGAUGCUGAGCUUCGGCUUCAGCGACAAGCAGGCGAUCAACGGCCAUGUUCCGGUCGGUCUCUACGGCAACGGCUUCAAGUCGGGCUCCAUGCGUCUGGGCAAGGAUGCCAUCGUCUUCUCCAAGACGCAGCACGGCAUGUGCGUGGGCAUGCUCUCCCAGUCCUACCUGGAACAGACCAAGGCCACCAAUGUGGUGGUGCCCAUCGUGGCCUACAGACACGCCAGCUCAAACGCGUAUGGCUCCACUCUCAGACCGGAUACAAAGCACUUGAACUGUCUGAAGGACAUUCUUCAGUACUCAAUUUUUCAUACUGAGAAGGAUCUGCAGUCGGAGCUGCGUGCCAUCACCUCCACCAGCUCCAUGACGACCACUGGCACUCGCAUCAUCAUCUGGAACCUCAGGCAGACAUCAAGUGGACACAGUGAGUUUGACUUCCACAAUGACCGCUAUGACAUCAGAAUACCUCCGUAUGUUCUGGAAACCAACAAAGAGGUGUACAAGAAGCCGGAGCGCACCAUGGAUGAUCCCCCACAAAGUGACUACUCACUACGGGCGUACCUCAGUGUCCUCUACCUGAACCCCCGUAUGCAGAUCAUCAUCAGAGGCCAGAAGGUCAAGACGCAGCUCAUCUCCAAGAGCUUGGCCUACAUCCGCAAAGACAACUACAGACCCAUGUUCCUUCCCACAGGUAUCCGAAUAACCUUUGGCUACAACACCAAAAGCAAAGAACAUUAUGGUAUCAUGAUGUACCAUAAAAACCGCCUCAUCAAAGCCUAUGAGCGAGUUGGCUGUCAGCUUAAGGCCAACAAGAAAGGGGUAGGUGUCAUUGGGGUGAUUGAAUGCAACUUCCUCAAACCAACUCACAACAAGCAGGAUUUUGACUACACUGAUGAAUACAGGAGGACCCUUAGUGGAGUUGCAGGAAAGCUGGAACAUUACUGGAAGGAAAUUCAGUUUAAGGCCAGAAGUGAAAAUCCCACCUGUUCAAUUCCUGUGGAGGACACCCUAAAGCGUCCGGACCAGAACUGGGCCCAGUGUGACAAGUGUCUGCAGUGGAGGAAGCUUCCAGACGGCAUCGACCCAGAUCGGCUCCCGAGCCAGUGGUACUGCCACAUGAACCCAGACCCUCAGUUCAGGAAUUGUUCUGUGCCCCAAGAAGCAGAGGAUUCAGAUGACGAGACCCCGUAUGAAAAAACCUACAUACAACACGAACGGCAGCAGAGGAUCGAGCAGGAGAAGAGGCAGCAAAUGCAAGAGGACCAGAAGAAGAAGCAAGAGCAGCUGCGAUUGGCCAAGCUGGAGCGGCAGAACGAGCAGCUACGCCAGCAGCUCAGCCAGCAGUUCAAAGAGGCGAGGGAAACCACUGCUGUGAGAGUGUCUGUGAAUCCCCCUCCGCUGCGGAGUGCCUUGGCAACAGCCCCCCACAGCUCCAGCGCCCGGGGCCAGCAGGCAGGCUCCAGCCCUUCCUCUGGAGGCAUGCCCAUCAUCACCAACGUCCGCUCUCUCUCCACCCCCUCCAGACUGAAGAGGAAACAAGACCUGUCCAGUUUGGGUGCGAAGAAGGCACGGAGCGGCAGUUUUCCCGGCACUACAGCAUCUGCGUCUGCCGCCGGCGCUACAUCCACCACCACCUCGGCCGCGUCGUCCCCUUCAACCAGCCGCUCGUCCCCCGCCGUUGUCAUCGACGACGAUGACGUCAUCAUCGAAAUGGAAGACGACGACGAGGAAGAUGACGAGAUCGUCAUUGACGAAACCAAGAGCACGCCCAAGCCAAAGAACCCGCCGGCCGCAAACUUCGACGUCGCCAAGGUGAAGACGGAGGGGAGCGCCGCGGAGGUGACCGGCAUGCUCAUGGAGUGCUCGGAGGACGCUGCACUGGACCCUGUCGGAGAAGAACCGGCCACCGCAGCCACCCCGGCCUGUUCGCCCUCCACCCCCGGGCAACAAGGACAGGGAGAGGGGCAUCAGGGGCAGCAGGUCAGCAUCACCACACAGACGGAGACCGGGGCAGCUAUCAAAGAGGAGGCCGAGCCAACAGUCGUGGCCACAAACGCAGAGCAGAAAACCAGCACAGAGGACGAGGCAGCUGCUAGGAUGGAUGAAGAAGGUGGCGGCAGUGGUGGUAAGGAUGGUGGUGGUGGUGAGGUAGCAACAUCAGCGGGUGUGGAUGAAACGGCAGCAGCAGCAGCAGCAGCAGCAGAGGAGGAGAAGGAGGAGGAGAUGGAGGUCCAGUCACCAGGCCAGGGGUGCUCAGUAGAACCCAUGCCAGAAAAACGGGGGAAGGCCUCCUGCAAAAAGGCAGACAACGAAGAUCUAGAAGUAGAUGUGAUGAACUCCCCAGCAACGGAAGACGCCACCACCAACCCGUCGCCCGAUUCGCAGAGAGAAACAGGAGCAGGAGCAUCAGCAGCACCAUCGACGUCGUCAACGUUGACACAGGCGCUGCGUCCGGCGUCGAGCCGCCAUCCGCUGGACAGUGAGCUGCUGAUGGAGGAGGCCCAGGCGCAGCAGGACCAGCUGAUGGAGAUGAUGGAGAAGACGGCCAAGGAGAGGGACAAGUACCAGACUGAGGUGCACCAGCUCAUCGUCAAGGUGGAGGACCUGGAGACACAGCUGGCCCAGACCAAAGUCAAGAAGGAGCAAAGCCAUCAGCACUGCCAGACGGACCAAUCAGGAGACGACAAGAAGGAUCUCCAAGAGGAACUGGAGAAGCUUCAGAAAGAGAGGGAUGCUCUUCUGGAGGAGAAGAGACGGUGGGUGGAGAGAAGGACCUGUGGGGAGGGGAGCAGCAGCAGCUCGGGGGAGAAGGGGGCGGAGAAAGCCAACGUUGUGGAUGAUGAGCUGGCACUGCAGGUGGACUUCCUGCUCAGGCAGAUGGACGAGGGCAGCACGGAAAGAGAUAUACUGAAAGCCAAGCUGAACAGUCUGGAGAUGGAAAAAGAAGCUCUGGCGUCCCGGACGGAGCGGCUGCAGGAAGAGCUGGAGGAGAUUAAGAAGGCCAAGAGCGGCCCUCCGCCACCCCCAGUCCCAGCAGCUGCAGCAUCAGCCUCAACUGCAGCAUCAGUGGGCAAGAGCUCAGCGGUGGACUCCAGCCAGGGAGUAGGCAGUGCCAGCGGGUCUCCUCCGGGGAGCCAGCAGCAGCCCCCGCCCAGCAGCUCUGCGGCGGAGCAACGUCAGAACAGCCCCGUCUCAGAUGGGAAGAAGGAGGGGCCUACGCCGCAAGAGGACAAUAGUGGGACGAAGAAGGACAGCUGCUCAGACCAACCUGCCAAGGAGGAGAAGCUUAAUGAACUGAGGCGCAGUGUGGGCCGCCUUCUGGUCACAUUUGUGCCUGCUCUUGACCUUGACCAGGUCAACUACGACUGCAAUGUCAUCGACGAGAUCCUUGACCAGGUCCUUGAGGAGAUCACGCAGAACGACAAUGGGGUCAAUUCCACAUAGCAUGGACAGACUCCAAAAACUAAAACGGAGCAGAAGGGUUGAAAGGUUGUUGGUGUGCACACUCAAUAGAUCAAGUCAAAUUGAUGCUUAUUUAAAACUUCAUGUAAAGACAUAAGAGCAAAGGUUUCAGGCUGCUGCUGUGUUCCAUCUUCUGCACAUCGGAAUCGCAGCAAGUCGAAAUGUUUUUUUCUUAGUCCUCUGUAAUACAUCAAAACUUAAUUUACUGAGUGUGCACACAUAAGUCAACUUAAUUUACUGAUUGUGGACACGUCAAGUCUUUUGACUGAAUGGUUUUAUAUGAUGUAGCUGACCUCUUCCCUUCACCUUCUCCAUAAAGAAAGAAAAGGUGAUACAGGAUGUCUUUUGAUACCUUGUUAAAAUAUAUAUGCUUCCUUUUGUAUAAGAGAACACUGUUAAUAUACCCAUUUUCCUCUAUAUUGUACAUAGUUUUUUAUGACUUUAUUUUUAUACUGCUGCCUAACUGUUAAGUAUAUAGUAAAGGUUGAUGUUGCACUGAUGGAUCUUUCUACACAGAGACAUGUUUGGGAUUUAUUUUUUGAAUGUCACUGAUAAUCCUGGAAUUCUCAGAACCUCUUCCCUAUACUUAACCCUAGUUGUACAAAUUAAGUAAGAUGUGCAAAAUUCUUGGGCUAAAGUUGAAGUUGAUGGUGAAAGGCCGACAUAUUUUCUUCAAAUUUUCCAUUACCUGGGUUCAUUAUUUCUUAUGCAAGGGAUACGUUGCUUAACCACUCUCAACAAUAAGGGAUCUGUGCCUUGCCGUGUUCUGUGUAUUUAGGUCAUGUUUUAAUAUGAUCUUUUUUAUGUAUUUAUUAUUUCUUGACGGUAUAGGCUCACUAAGAAAGAGAUGGUUGUGUGUGAAAUCAGUGUUAGAAUUUGGUUGUCACAGCGCCUCGUAUUAUAAGUAAGUCUCCCUGUUUGUACGUCUGCACACCGUUUUGGUCUUACAUAAGCUAGCCAUAGAGAAAUGUUUUUCCUGCUUGGUGUGUAGACUUUUCAUUCAGAAGUUUCUGUCAUGUAUGAUGUUCGAAGUUUUAUGAUUUUUUUUUUUCAUGUUUCCGAAAGAUGUAUUUUAGUUAUUUUUAUGUUCUAUGUAAAUAAUGUUUAUACUUGUGACUGUUUUCCCCAUCAAGGUGAAGGUACUAGAAACUAUAACAAAGAUCUUAUAUUUCACGACCCUUAUCUUGAGCAAUAAAAUAAGUGACGAGAA